GUUGCCCUUUAAUUGACCUUUUCCAUCUGACCUUUGACACGUAAGGACCACAUGUUGUCAGCAUCCCGGGAAGUGUCGUUUGACUCCUUGUUCAUUGCUGAAAAAAUGGGGAAAACCGUAUGAGAGUUAAAACUUAGGAGAGGACCCUUCUCAGAGUUCAGAGACAGCUUUCCUGUACAUGUGGAAUCCAGAUUCACUAUAUAGAUAAUGGAAGCGACUGAAGUUGAGCAUCUGAAGGCACUGGGGGAGACCAGCUGUCCUGAAACUAACAACGGAAGGACAGGAGAGGAACAACUGAAGACUCACAGUGGAGAGAAACCACACCAAGGACCUUCUAGUUCUACAUCAAGGAGGCGUGACCUGAAACGGGGUCAUGCACCAGGUAAAAGUGAAAGUGGGAAGAAGCGUAAGAGACACAGCUGUCCGUAUUGUGAGUAUGAAACAGACAUUAAAAAGACGAUGACUUUGCACAUCAGGACCCACACUGGUGAGAGACCGUAUAAGUGUCAGCAAUGCGACUACUCAGCAGCACAGCGGGGAACCCUGAAACAGCACGUGCAGGCUGUGCACACCGGUGUGAGACCGUAUCAGUGUCAACAGUGCGACUAUUCUGCAGCACAGAAGGGUAGACUGAACCAGCACGUGAAAGCUGUGCACUCCGGUGAGAGACCUUACCGCUGUGGCCACUGCGACUACUCAGCAGUCCAAAAGGAUGCUUUAAAAAGACACGUGGCCAAACACACAGGUGAAGGAAAAACUAAAGUUAGAAAGGAGCGGAAGAAACACAGAUGCCCACACUGCGAGUAUGAAACAAUAAGAAAAGAGUCGAUGACAGUUCACAUCAGGACCCACACUGGUGAGAGACCGUAUCAGUGUCAACAUUGCCACUAUUCUGCCGCACAAAAAACUCAAAUUGCAAGACACAUCCAGAGUAAACACACCGGUGAGAGACCUUACCAGUGCGGCUACUGCGACUUCUCUGCAUCAAGGAAAGACGGCCUCAUCGUGCACAUCCGGACGAUACACGGCGGGGAGAGACCCUACCAGUGCAAGUUUUGUGAGUAUUCAGCACAACAGUCCGGUCACCUGAAAGAGCACGUCAUGGCCAAACACAGCAACAACAGGCCGCACAAGUGCACCAAGUGCGACUUUUCGUCGGUAACCAAAAAAUCGUUAAAGCGGCAUAUUAUGACUAAUCAUACCGGUGAGAAACCUUACAGCUGUGAGUUGUGCAGCUAUGCAGCCAGUGAAAAGAGUCUGUUAAAGCUGCACAUGGCUAAACACACCGGGGAGAAACCUUUUAAAUGCAAAGUCUGUGAUUAUUCUACUGCAGCAAAGUCAUGUUUGAAAUCUCACUCGGUCACACACACCGGAGAGAAGCCGUACAAAUGCAAAUUUUGUGAUUAUUGUGCAGUAUCAAUGUCUUAUUUGAAAAGCCAUAUGGCCAACCACGCCAAGGAGAAACCCUUCCACUGUGAACACUGUGGCUUCUCCACAGCGCGAAAAGAAAUUCUGAGGGGACACGUGGCCACACACAAUGUUGAGAAACCAUAUAGAUGCGAGCUUUGUAAUUUUUCUACAAAUCAUAAGCACGACUUGAAGCGGCACAUAGCCACGCACACCGGCGAGAAGCCAUACAACUGUGAUAUAUGUGGCUAUGCGACGUCACAAAAACACUACCUCAGGGACCACAUGACAAAGCACACCGGUGAGAAGCCUUACCAAUGUGAGCAAUGCGGCUAUUUCACAGCCCAAAAAGCAAGAUUGGCGAAUCACAUGAAAACACACACCGGUGAGAAGCCGCACAAGUGUGAGGUUUGUGAUUAUGCUGCAGCAGUGAAGGGUACAUUGAGGCAGCACAUGGCCACACACGCUGUGGUGAAGCCGCACAAGUGUGACCAGUGCGACUACUCUGGAACGCUGAAGGCUCAUCUAAAGAGACACGUCAAGACCAAACAUGCCAAGGAGAAAAACGAGAGUGUAGCUGCCUAAAGAAAGUUUGAAGAAAUCAACAAGCAACCUCUACUACAUUCCUUCCUUUUCUUUUGAGAUGAGAGCUUUAUUUUGGUCUUGGCGUUAAAAAACUGAAAGUUCAAAACAAACAACAAUGGCCGUACGCUCGCCCGAAAGUAGCGUUUCAUAAUGAAAGUGUACAUUUUAAAAUUAUGUUACAGCUAUAACGAGAAAGUUACAGUUUGACAGAAGAAAAAACAUUCGCUGUUCUCUAAUUGAUAGUAUAAAAGUACGCCAUUGAGCAAUCCAUCGUUUUGGUGGGAAAAAGUUAUUAUUUAAUCCUGUAUCAAAGAGAAGCCAAAGGCAAAAGCGGCUUCGUGUUUUGCCUCUGAUGCAUUAGUGGAUUUCUUACUCAGAAAUGUAGAGAGAUGUUUCUAGAUAUUUUGUUAGUUUUUCUAAGACCCUAUUUCCUGUACAUGCCCUCACAAGGGAAUGGAAAACAAAGUAGCUUUAAUACCAAGGAAUCCGUCAUCAAGGAUUGGGUCGUGUGCAAACGGACAGGAUUUGACUGAGUGCGAAAUUAGAACUGUGAGAGCUGAAAUUGAUAUCAGAUUAACGUUACAUAAAAUACUGCUAUAAGUUUAUAUUCAUUCAUUGUUAUUAUAACAUGUUUAUACUUUCAGUCUUUCUCCUAAGCCUCCCAAGUUUUAUUACUGAUGUAAAGCGUCGAUCUGGUAAAUGUACACAGGGAAAUGUGAAGAUGAGUAUUAAAGGAACCUUCUUCUUUUUUCUCUACCAUCCAGUCGAUAUUUUGGAUUUGUUCAGUUCUAUUAUCAGUUGAAAUGGCACUUAGUAUUGAUGUAGUAUUGUUGAAUAGAUCCCUCGUAAAUGAGAAAUGACAUCCAGUUCAUUUAGCACUGUUGAGUCAAUUCCUAACGUCGUCAAACCCCAAAAUUCACCUUAAAGUUUGUUGCAUUGCUACAGCCAGUAUAGUUACCCAUGGGGUUAAUGAAUAAUGAUAGGACCCCCCCCUCAUUUAAAAUAAAUGUCUUUGCCAUUCAUAUCAUUCAUCGACAAUAGAUCGUUUUCACAAUGACGUCACAGUCGCGUUCGAACGUUCGAACGGCCAUGUUGGAUGAUAAGCGGCUCGAUCUCCACACGGCUGUGUGUGCACGUGGUGGACUCGUACGUAGAAAGAAGCCUUUUUUUUAUUCAGAAACAGACUGGAUGUUUGCCGUGCUUACUGCGACUUCCAUAAACACAGGACACGGCCUACUCACCGUUUCUAUUCAACAAUAUUACCUACAGUCCGUCGGCUUUUCAAUAACUUGAUUAAACCACUCUCCUAACAGCCCACCAACAGUAGCCCUGCCGCGGAGUUUGUGCAUGCUUUCUUUUAUUUUUUGGGAGAAAGUUGGUUUCUGGUACAGGGUAUGUCAUGGACGUAUACCAUGUUACACGAAAAUGUCAGCAAGCUUGUUCUAUUUCUUCUUCAUAAAACACGGCACAUCGCGUCCUGAGCUGUGAAUGAUAUUUUCACCAUUAC